GGAUUCAUAACUUUAUCGUCGAACAGGUUACUGAAUAUUGGUCUUCUAAUCCCCUUCCUACUUCUAGAAGGGGACAUUAAACUAGAAUGGUUGCUUGGGACCCGCCUCCUCCUGACUGGCUCAAACUUAAUACGGAUGGAUCCGCUGCUGGAAAUCCAGGUACAGCAGGUUUUAGGGGCCUGUUUAGGGACUCUCAAGGACGCUCGAUUAUUGGAUUUAUGCGGAAUGGUGGCCAUACUACAGCACUUGCUGCAGAAUUAUAUGCUAUUAGAGAUGGCCUUAAUAUUGCUGUGAGCCAUCACUUUCAUAAUGUUAUUGCGGAGACAGAUUGUCAGAUUGCAUAUUUACUCUUCUCCGGUGCACCUAACAUGUUCCACCCUUGUAGCACUCUAUUAUGGGUUGCAGGGUCCUUCUACAGAUGAUUCCUCAAGUCCAAGUGAAGAAUGUGCUAAGGGAGGCCAAUAUGGCUGCUGAUGCACUUGCAAGAAAGGGGGUUCUUCUUGCCUCCCAUGGUUUGUAUAUUUUGUAUGUAUGUCCACCGGAGGUGGACCUUUGUGCACUGCUGAUCACGCAAGGGUCUGUUACCCCAGAUCCUAAGUUUGAAGUAAUAAUAUUCUCUCUUUCUA